UUACGUAAUUGAAAAAGGAGUUUGUUAUCUGAUACUAUGUGAAGCUGCUUUCCCCAAAAAAUUGGCGUUUGCAUACCUGGAAGAUUUGCACUCAGAAUUUGAUGAACAACAUGGAAAAAAGGUGCCAACGGUGUCCAGACCCUAUUCUUUCAUUGAAUUUGAUACUUAUAUUCAGAAAACAAAGAAGCUGUAUAUAGAUAGCCGUGCAAGAAGAAACCUUGGAUCUAUUAAUACAGAGUUACAAGAUGUACAAAGAAUCAUGGUAGCCAACAUUGAAGAAGUCUUACAACGAGGCGAAACACUUUCAGCAUUGGAUUCCAAGGCAAACAAUCUGUCCAGUUUGUCCAAGAAAUACCGUCAGGAUGCGAAAUAUCUGAACAUGCGUUCCACCUAUGCCAAGCUCGCUGCUAUUGCUGUAUUUUUUAUUAUGCUGAUUGUUUAUGUGCGGUUCUGGUGGCUGUAAGAGAUUAAUAGGUCCCCAAGAGUGAUAUUUAAGAACAUUAAGCAUAUCACUGUUAAGUAACUAAUAUCACAGGAUGUAUUUAGAAUCUGCCUAGACAUUUCCUUAUAAUGAGAAUUGCUAUUUCCAAAUGUCAGAAUUUGCUGACACUAAUGAUUUUCUUUUGUAGCAAUUAAAUGCUUGAAAAAAAAAACAUUUUUCCAGUUGACAAAUAGGAGUAGCCUCAUUUGAUCCACCUACUUAUUCAACACUACUGUUAACAGACAAACUAAAAUAAGUGCAGCCCUGAUAGGGUAUUCUAAUGGGUAUUCCUUGUUAAUUGAAGAGAAAUUCCUCUUUCAAGGGUGAUGUGUAUGUGUGUACAUAACACAUAGUUUUUUUUUUACUUUGAUUGGAUCAAUACUGAUUUUAUAUGUCAAAUCUCUUGCCUCAUUACCCUGUUAAUUUAGUAACUGCAUAAAAUAUUGCUUCAUCUGGCUUCUAUGACUGGUAAGUGAAAUGGGGAAAUAAUUUGAGUUCAUUUCACUGUAAAUAUUUGAAUGUCAUGCUAAACUGUAGCUGUGUGUUCUGACUGAGCUACAGCAGCUACUGUUAGACAUAUUUCUGUACAGCUGUAUAAAUACUUCAGCUUUUAUUUCUAACUAACUUGAUUGUCAUACCGUCUGAACCAAAUCAGGUUUGAUUUUAUUUUGAAGCAUACAGUUUCAAAAGCAGAAGCUUUUGGACAAUUCCUCAUGACUAAGCAAGGGAAGGGAAGAAUGGACCAAGAUUCAUCAAGGUUUGUCUACUCUGUGGCUUAAUUCAGAUAUGACCUUUCUUAUCUUAUACUGAAGUGCCCUCACAAAUGUUGUUUCAAUCUGUAAGAUCAUCGACUAGCUGAAUAUCUCUCCUUGCAAAAAUAGAGUAGAAGAGCAGGCUUCAUCCUGAGAGCUUGAAUAUACGGAAUAUUUUGAAAAAUUAA